AUGGUGGACUAUUUCUUGCAGGCCUUAGAGCCCACUUAUUUCGGUCAUUUGGUGUCAGCGGUAGGAAAGUCCUUCAAUGAAGUGGUAAAAAUGGGGGGCAUGGUAGAGGAAGGAAUCAAAUCUAACAAGAUCAUGAGUUAUUCAGCAAUUACGGCGACCACCCAGGCCAUUCAAAACGCUAUUCAAGAGCUCAUUGAUACCAAUCGGAUCGAGGUCCAAGCCCCAGAAGCGCCCAAUAUCAACCAGAAUCCGUUGUCGACCCAUCAUGAGACCAAUAUGAUCGAGAAAGUGCAUAAAGGAGGGAAGCCUAAGAAGCCCUCACAGACUGUAAUGAUGAUUCGGACCAGUGAAGCCAGGUCGAGUGAAAAGCCAGCAAAUGAGAAUUCAGUGAUCAAGUUGAAAGGGACAGACAGUAAUCCAUUUGUGGUAGUCGAGAAGGGGUCCUCAAGUGGGGUUGCAGUGAAACAAGAAAAAGGAAAAGUGGUGGUACCAGGGGUUGCCAACAAGCCUAUUGUAGUUGUGGAGGGUGCUCGCACAGAGCCUGUCAUUAUCAAACCGGUAACUCAGCUACCAAUAGUCAACAGCAAGGUCGUCCCUUGGAAUUAUGGCCGAGUGGCAGUGACUUACAAAGGGAAAGAGGUUAAAGAAGAAGACUGUGAGACCCAUGGUUUGACUCGUUCGGGGAGAUGCUUUGCCCCCGAGGAGUUAAGAAAAGCCAAGACCUUUAAGGAUAACCCAGUGCUGGUGAAGAAAGCUCUGACCGAAGAGGAAGCGGAAGAGUUCUUGAGAAAAAUAAAAGUGCAAGAUCAUUCUAUUGUAGAGCAGUUGAGGAAGAUGCCUGCUCAGAUUUCACUGCUGUCAUUGUUAAUCCAUUCAGACGAAAGUCGGGCGUUGAUGAAAAUCUUGAACGAGGCCCACGUUCCUGACAAGAUCUCAGUAAACCACUUGGAAAAGAUAGCAAACAAGAUUGAGGUAAACAGAGUCACUUUUUUCGAUGAUGAGUUGCCCGUGAAGGGUACUGAGAAUAAUAGAGCCCUUUAUCUUACGGUGAAGUGCGAAGAUUCCGUGGUUACUCGGGUAUUGAUCGACAAUGGUUCCAGCGCCAACAUUUGCCCUCUCUCCACUCUGAACAAACUGAAAGUGGAUGAUGAAAGAAUUCAGAAGAACAGUAUUUGCGUUCGGGGGUUCGACGGUGGAGGGAAAGAUUCAGUCGGAGACACAGUGUUGGAGCUGACAAUAGGGUCAGUUGAAUUUACCAUGGAAUUCCAAGUGCUGGAUGUGGCGGUUUCUUACAAUCUCUUGCUAGGUCGACCCUGGAUUCAUGCCGCCAAGGAAGUGCCGUCUACCCUGCACCAUAUGGUUAAAUUUGAAUGGGACAGGCAGGAAAUUGUGGUGCACGGUGAGGAUAAUCUGUGUGCCCAGAGUGAUACAGUGUUCGUCAAGAAGAUCCCAGAGGGGAAAAGCAUUCCAGUUCCUAAAGUAACGGCCACAUCAGUCAUGGUGGCUUCUAAGAUGUUCAGGAAUGGCUUUGUGCCUGGCAAGGGUCUGGGUGCCUCGCUGCAGGGCAUCGUACAACCAGUUUCUCUUCCUAAGAACCUGAUACAUUUGGUUUGGGAUUUAAGCCCACAGUUGCAGACGUGA